AUGCCGAAAGCACCGGUCGAGAUUGUCCUGGGAGUUGCCAGUGUUGGCGACAGAUCCCUUGACCCAACGGUCCGAUACGACACCCCCGAGGAAGUCGAAGCAUUUCUCAAUGCCUUCUACCAGCGAGGCUACCGUCAAAUCGACACCGCCAGGAGCUACUCGGUACACGCUCCAAAGUCCAGCGAGCCUCGCCUCGGCGCAGUUAACGCCGGCGAGCGCUUCCAAAUCGGCACCAAGGUUCUCUCUCGCCCUGAAGGAUCUCACUCCAAGGACAAGAUUGAGGAGAGCAUCAACGGUUCGCUCGAGGAUCUGAAGGUCUCCCAGGUGGACAUUAUGUACUUGCAUGUGCCUAACCGGAGUGUUCCUUUCGAGGAGACGGCAGAGGCCAUUGACAAAGCUUACCGAGAGGGAAAGUUUAAGCGAUUCGGGCUGUCCAACUACACGGCCGAUGAAGUCGAGCAGUUUGUCAAGAUUGCCGAGGAGCGAGGCUUUGUGAAGCCGACUGUGUACCAGGGACAGUAUAACCCGAUUGUGAGGACGGGCGAAAAGGAGCUGUUCCCCGUGCUGCGAAAGCAUGGAAUCUCGUUUUACGCCUUCAGCCCUGGAGCUGCCGGCUUCUUCAACGGCAACCACAAGAACCCUCAACCCGGAAGUCGUUACGACCCCUCGCACAACGUUGGCAAGUUUUAUUCCUCGUUGUAUCUCAAGCCCAAGAUCGAGGCCGCCGCCGACAAGGUGAGAGAACUUGCCACCAAGCACGGCAUCUCUGGCCACGCAGCCUCUCUCCGAUGGACGGCCUAUCAUGGUGUUCUUUCUGCUGAGCAUGGGGAUGCAAUCAUCGUUGGAGCUUCGAGCGUUGCGCAGUUGAAUGAGAAUCUGGACAUACUUGAGCAGGGGCCGCUGCCUCAAGAGCUUGUUGAUGCGGUUAACGCCGUUGCUGAGGAGAUUGGCGAGGAUGCCCUUGCUUAUCACUUCUAG